AAAAAGAAAAGAAUGCCCACACCGAAUGAAAUAUCUUGGGACCUUUGCUACCAUUUUUUUGCAGUUCGAUCGGCCACUUAGGAGACCAACGUACGAACUUCCUUUCAACAAAGAGCGUUCAGAUCGUGCAUCAUCAUUUUGGUCCGAACUCAAGAAAUGAACCCUGCUCUAUCCCAUAAAAUGAUUUUCUUUGGUGGAGAAUUUGGUUUUGGAGUCUUGGGCUGUCAAAGAUCAAGGUUGGGCAGCAAAUGGGUGGAACUGAACCGGAUAUAGGUAUAUUCAUAUUUGAUUGACGGUUGAGUAUUGUAUUCCGAUCUGAAAGCAACCCCUAAAAUUCGAUUUUAUCCAAAUAUGGAGCGGGUCAAAAUUUUGAUAUAAGAAUCGGAUUUGUUUAGAAUGCUCAAUCAUGUUAAUCCCUGGUCCAGAUAACCAAGCAUGAUAAGAAAAAAGGUACCUUGAGACCUCCGAAUAAGGAAGUUAAGAAGGAAGGACCUGAGCUUGUACACGAGUCCCGCUGUUUUUACAAUCUUUAUCUUCCUCCCAGUCCCAGCUCCAGGUGUUGAAAGUUGACGCUCUUUUUUUUAUUAUUAUUAAACUUGACGCCCUUUCACUAAUAGCAGUUUACAGUUUUCUAAUCGGAAAGCGAUGAAAGUUAAACGGUCAACACAAUGACAUGUUUGUUAUGCAGCUAAAAAGUCUAGACUCUAUACUCUAAAGACAUGGCCUUACCUUAUCCGGCCAAACAAGCCGAUUUUCAGUCCCCUUCACCUGAAAUUAACUCCCAGAUUCAAAUCGAUUUAAAGGUGUCAAUUGGCUCGUCGGAAAUGUCUCUGUCUGGUUGCCGCGGAGGCUUCGGAGUUGGGAUUCAAUCAUGCCUUCACGGGCUUCGGGGAGGAAGAAAAUCAAAUCGAUUCGUUGCCUUCUUUUAAAGGUACCUGCAGCACACCGUGAGAGACCGAGAAACUCCAGUCCUCAGUUCUCACGGCGUUGGCUUUAAUCAGUUUACCAGCUCCAUCCCCUUUGGAGCGUCGUUUUUUCUUGUGUGCUAAUUCUUCAACUGAUUGCCGGGAAAAAGAAAAAAAAUGGCUACUAACAAGAGAACCAUCGUCCAUGCACCAUUCUCCCUUCUCGUUUUCUCAUUCAUCUGUGUACUCGUAUCUUUUUCUGCUUCCCACGGCGCAGCGGCAACGGCAACAGAGGACACAAUCACACAGGGGCAAGAGCUCAAGGACUGGCAGAAAUUGGUAUCCGCUAAUGGAAUUUUCAGAUUAGGCUUCUUCAGCCCGGGCGCUUCCAAGAACCGUUAUCUGGGUAUUUCAUACAAUAAAUAUCAAGGAGACGUAACCGUGGUCUGGGUUGCCAACCGAGAUACCCCAAUCGGCGAUAGCUCCGGUGCUCUUACCAUCGACGGCGAUGGAAUAUUGAAAAUCACAAGCCGUGGGGGGAAUCCUAUCAUCCUAUGUUCCAACCAAACGACUAGUAACGUGACAGCUACCUUACUCGACUCCGGCAAUUUCGUUCUACGAGAAGUCAAUCCUAAUGGAAGUCCGAAGCGUGUGGUGUGGCAGAGCUUCGAUUACCCCACCAGCUCGCUCCUGCCCGGGAUGAAACUGGGAUUCAACUCCAAGACCGGCCAAAGCUGGACUCUCACUUCUUGGCUGACCGGCGACGACCCAUCUCCGGGAGCUUUCUCUCUGGGCUUGGACCCAACUGGUAAGAGCCAGUUAUUGGCCUGGUAUCGACGGGAUGCUUACUGGAACAGUGGGGUGUGGGAUGGCCGAGGUUUCAAGAGCGUCCCUAAGCUGACAUCAGACGAUGUUAGGUAUAAUUUCAGCUUUGUCUCGACUGAAGACGAGAGGUACUUCACUUAUAUCCCGAAGCGAAAUUCUUCUCCCCCUUCCUUUUGGGUGCUGAAUUACGACGGGUACAUCUAUCAAUUUAAGUUCUACGACUGGGGAGUGACGUAUCAGAGUUCCUCGAUAAUCUGUCCGAUAUCGCAUUCUCCUUUCCCCACCUUUGAGGAAAACAAGAAAGGGUGUUUGGCGGAACAGAACGCACCGGAGUGCCGGAGAGGCGACCAGUGGUUCCAUCUCGAAGUUCGAUAUGUGGGUGUUUCUCUUCCCUACCGGUACGUGGAAAAUGCGAGUCUCAGAAUCGAUGAUUGCGACAAGAUGUGCUGGAGCAAUUGUUCUUGUAUCGCUUAUGCCACUUUGUAUGAUAACGCGACGGGAUGCCAGCUUUGGAGCAGUGGCUCUACAUUCCGGGAAUCUUCGAAUUACAAUGAUCAAAUCUUCCUUCUUCGUUCCACUGGAAAAAAUAAGCGAUGGAUAUGGUGCACUGCUGCAGCAGUGGUUGCUACAGUAAUAAUUCUCCUAGGCAUCUUCUGUUGCAUGCGCAGGAGAAGAAUCAAAUCAAAAGAAGAAAAAGAAAGAAGCCAACAGAAGCUACUGCUUGAACUGGGAACUAAUGUCACAACUUCUGAGGAUGGGAAGAAGGAUCAGGACUUGAAAUUGUUCAGUUUAGCCAGCAUCAUACUGGCCACAAAUAACUUUUCAUCAGCAAAUAAACUUGGCCAGGGUGGAUUUGGGCCUGUUUACAGGGGUAAGUUAUUAGAAGGGCAAGAGAUUGCAGUUAAAAGGCUUUCGAGAAGUUCAGGGCAAGGAGUAGAGGAAUUCAAAACUGAGCUCGCACUUAUUGCCAAACUCCAACAUGUGAACCUGGUUAAGCUUUUGGGUUGCUGCAUUGAAGGAGAAGAAAAGAUGUUAAUCUAUGAAUAUAUGCCCAAGAAGAGCUUGGACUCCUACAUCUUUGGUCCUGUUAAAAAGGACUUGUUAGAUUGGAAGAAACGUCGCCACAUCAUUGAGGGAAUUGCUCAUGGGCUUCUUUAUCUUCACAAAUUUUCUAGACUGAGAGUAAUACAUUGAGAUUUAAAAGCAAGCAACAUUUUGUUGGACAAUCAGUUAAACCCCAAAAUUUCAGACUUUGGCAUGGCUAGGAUUUUUGGGCGAAAUGAAAGUGAAGCAAACACAAACAGAGUUGUUGGGACCUAUGGUUACAUGGCCCCUGAAUACGCCAUGGAGGGAAUCUUCUCAGUUAAGUCUGAUGUCUAUAGCUUUGGAGUUCUGCUGCUGGAAAUCGUCAGCAGCAAGAAGAACACAGCUUCUUAUCUUUCCGAUCGCCCACUUAACCUUGUUGGCUAUGCAUGGGAGUUGUGGAAAGAAGAUGCUGCCCUAAAGCUAAUAGAUCCCACAUUGGAUCCUUCAUGUUGCAGAAAUGAAUUUCUAAGAUGCAUUCAUGUGGGUCUCUUGUGUGUUCAAGAAAGCCCAGGUGACAGACCCACAAUGUCCGUUGUUGUGUCUAUGCUAACUAAUCAAAUGAUGCCUCUGCCUGAGCCUAAUCAACCCGGAUUUUCAGAUAGAAGUCUGGCUCCAGUGGAUUCACAUAGCAGGAAUUUGGAAGGUGUUUCCAUUAACCACGCAACCAUUACUGUGAUGGAAGGCCGAAUCAGUUCCUCUGCUGGUCGCUGCUGUGUGUUGAUUGAUAGAUUAUCGAUGUCUCUCCUCACCAAGAGAAGCAGCAGCACCUAUGGGAAAUUCAAAAUUUCCCUUCUCGUCUUUUCACUCGUUUUUGCUCUAAGAACAUCCCAUGACGCAGUUGCAGCAACAAGGGACACAAUAAUAACAGAGGGUGAAGGGGUUCAGGACUGGGAUCACUUGGAGUCUGCAGGUGGAAUUUUCAGACUGGGAUUUUUCAGCCCGGGCGCUUCAAGGAACCGCUACCUGGGUAUUUCCUACAACAAAGCUCGAGAUGCGACCGUUGUCUGGGUUGSCAAUCGAAAUACCCCAAUUGCCGAUUCCUCCGGUCUUCUUACGAUCGACGGCGACGGAAAAUUGAAAAUCACACACAGUGGAGGCAGUGCUAUUAUGUUAUAUUCCAAACAGACCGCCGGUAACGUGACAGCUACUCUAUUGGACUCGGGAAAUUUUGUUCUGAGGGAGGUCGAUUCUAAUGGAACUGCAACACGGGUAUUGUGGCAGAGCUUCGAUUAUCCCACGAACACGCUUCUGCCCGGGAUGAAACUGGGCUUCAACUCGAAGACCGGCCAUAACUGGAGUCUAACUUCUUGGCUGACCAAUGAAGACCUCUCGUCGGGGGAUUUCUCUCUGGGCGGGGACCCAAUGGGUACUAACCAGUUGUUGGCCUGGCGUCGACGGGAUGUUUACUGGAAAAGCGGAGUGUGGGAUGGCCGAAGCUUCAAGAGCGUCCCUGAGUUGACAUCCGACAAUGUCACAUACAAUUUCAGCUACGUCUGGAGUGAGGACGAGAGAUACUUCACUUACUCCCUAAAGCAAAAUUCUUCUCCUCCGUCGUUUUGGGUGCUGGAUUCUGAAGGAAACAUCAGGCAAUAUAAAUUCUACAACUGGAACGACGACACGUAUGAUAGUUUCAGCAUUCUGUGUCCAACCCAUCUGCCCUACAACUACUCCAGAGAAAACAAGAGAGGGUGUGUGGAGCAGAAGGUACCAGGGUGCAGGAGAGGAGAGUUGUUCUAUUCCAAACAGGGGUAUAUGGAUGGACCUGGUUCUUUCUACACGUCCUUGAAUGCGAGCUUAAGACUCAGAGACUGUGCAGACAUGUGCUGGAGCAAUUGUUCUUGUAUAGCUUACAAAACUUAUUAUGCCGAAGAGACGGGAUGCCAGCUUUGGAACAGAGAUUUUACUUUUCGGGAAUCAUCCUCCUGGGAUCCUAUUCCUAUCUAUAUUCUGGGUUCGUUUCUAGAUCAACAAUUGACAGCCAACAAAAAAGAAUCAAAAGAUAGGCGAUGGUUGUUGUACACCGUUGCCAUAGUAGUCGGUGUACUGAUGCCUCUGUUGGGUUUGGGCAUCUUUUACUGCUUGAAGAGGAGAAGUCUCAGAUCAAGAGCAGAACAAAAUGAAACAAACCAAGAGAAAUUAUUACUUGAAGUUGAAGAUGGGAAGGAAGAUCAUGAAUUAAAGCUAUUCAGUCUAUCCAGCAUCGUAGUCGCCACAGACAACUUUUCAUCAGAAAAUAAGCUUGGUCAGGGCGGAUUUGGACCUGUUUACAAGGGAAAAUUAGCAAAGGGGCAAGAAAUUGCAGUGAAGAGACUCUCAAGAAGUUCAGGACAGGGAAUGGAGGAAUUCAAAAAUGAGCUCCUACUCAUUGCCAAACUCCAACAUGUGAAUCUUGUUAGGCUUUUGGGUUGCUGCAUUGAAGGAGAAGAAAAGAUUUUGAUCUAUGAAUACAUGCCCAAGAAAAGCUUGGACUCCUUCCUCUUUGAUCCUACUAACAGAGAGUUGCUAGAUUGGAACAAACGCUUCCACAUCAUUGAAGGAAUUGCUCAGGGGCUUAUUUAUCUUCACCAGUAUUCUAGGCUGAGAAUAAUACACAGAGACUUAAAAGAAAGUAACGUUCUAUUGGAUAAUGAGUUGAAUCCCAAGAUAUCAGAUUUCGGCAUGGCUAAAAUUUUUGGGCGGAAUGAAGAUGAAACAAACACAAACAGAAUUGUUGGGACCUAUGGUUACAUGUCCCCUGAGUACGCCAUGGAUGGAAUCUUCUCUGUUAAGUCUGAUGUCUAUAGCUUUGGAAUUUUGCUGCUAGAAAUCGUGAGCGGGAGGAAGAACACCGGCACUUGUCAUUCAGAUCGCCCUCUUAACCUUGUUGGAUGCGCAUGGGAGCUGUGGAAGGAAGAAGCAAGCCUGAAACUGGUGGAUCCCACUCUGGUUUCUUCAUGUUGCAGACAUGAACAGUUGAUCAGAUGCAUUCAUGUUGGUCUGUUGUGUGUACAAGAGAGUCCAAGUGAUAGACCCACAAUGUCGGAUGUUGCCUCCAUGCUGAGUAAUGAAAUGAUACCUCUGCCUGAUCCUAAACGACCCGGUUUUUUUAAGACAAAUAACUCGGUUCAGGUGGAUUAUUCUCAGUCUCAGAGAGACCGGAAGUUGGAAGAUUGUUCCAUUAACCAUGCAACCAUUACUGUCAUACAAGGCCGAUAGAAGUAGUUGUUCAUUCAACUUGCAAUGAAUGACUAUUUUUGUGUGAUCUUAUAUCAAGCAAUCAUCUAUGUAUGUAUAUGUAUACCUUUUGAUGCAAUUUUAUCAAUUCUGAAAUCCAUAUUGUUCAUUGAU